CCCCCCUAUGACCCCCCUGUGCCCCCCCAGUCCCCGAAGGAGCCGGAGCAGCUCCGGAAGCUUUUCAUCGGCGGCCUCAGCUUUGAAACCACAGACGAGAGCCUGAGGAGCCACUUCGAGCAGUGGGGGACCCUGACGGACUGUGUGGUGAUGCGGGACCCCAACACGAAGCGCUCCCGGGGGUUCGGGUUCGUCACGUACUCCUCGGUGGAGGAGGUCGACGCCGCCAUGAACGCGCGGCCGCACAAGGUGGACGGGAGGGUCGUGGAGCCCAAGAGGGCCGUGUCCAGAGAGGACUCGCAGCGGCCCGGGGCCCACCUGACGGUGAAGAAGAUCUUUGUGGGGGGCAUCAAGGAGGACACGGAGGAGCAUCACCUGCGGGACUACUUCGGGCAGUACGGCAAGAUCGAGGUCAUCGAGAUCAUGACCGACCGCGGCAGCGGCAAAAAGCGCGGCUUCGCCUUCGUCACCUUCGACGACCACGACUCGGUCGACAAGAUCGUCAUCCAGAAGUACCACACGGUGAACGGGCACAACUGCGAGGUGCGCAAGGCGCUGUCCAAGCAGGAGAUGGCGAGCGCCUCCGCCAGCCAGCGAGGCCGCAGCGGCUCCGGCAACUUCGGCGGCGGCCGCGGAGGAGGAUUCGGCGGCAACGACAACUUCAACCGCGGCGGCAACUUCGGCGGCCGUGGUUACGGGGGCGGCGGCGGCCCCGGCUACUCGGGGGGUAACCGCGGCUACGGCGGCAGCGGCUCCUACGACGGCUACAACAACGGCGGCGGCGGCUUCGGCGGCGGCAGCGGCGGCAGGAGACCCGCCCGGGGGCCGGCCCUGGGCGUGCGCAACGGGCUGGCCGAGGCGGGCACAGGCAGUAAUUUCGGGGGCGGGGGCAGCUACAACGACUUCGGCAGCUACAACAACCAGGCCUCCAGCUUCGGGCCCAUGAAGGGCGGCAGCUUCGGGGGGCGCAGCUCGGGGCCCUACGGUGGAGGUGAGACCGGGGGGACCCCAAAAUCGGGCUGGGGGAACCUCAAAAUAACCUUAGGGGCAGCUCAGCGGGGCUCGGAUUUGGGGGGUUCAACUCGGGGCACUGCGGGGGAG